AUGACUAAACGUAUCCGCCUCGGAAUUCUUACCCCCUCCUCCAAUACUAGCCUCGAGCCCUUGUCACAAGCAAUCGUCGCUCAGCUUCCUAAUGUCUCCGUUCACUUCUCUCGGUUUACCGUAUUGAAAAUAAGCCUCGAGGAGGAUGCCCUCCAGCAAUUUCAAAAUGAAGCAAUUUUGGAAGCGGCCAGACUGCUGGCGGAUGCCAACGUCGACAUCAUUGGCUGGAGUGGCACUUCAUCCGGGUGGCUAGGCUUUUCCACCGACGAAGAGCUGUGCGGAAACAUUGCAGCGGAGACGGGCAUCCCUGCUACAACGUCCGUGCUGGCCUUGAACAAAGCUCUUAAGGUCCUCUCUGCUACAGAACUAGGCCUUGUGACACCGUACAUGGACAACGUCCAGGAGGCCAUUAUAAAGACUUACCAAACAAUUGGGGUUGACUGCGGCAAAGAACGGCAUCUUCAAUUGUCAAAAAAUUCUUCAUUCGCCGACGUCGCUGAGCGUACGCUCGAUGAGAUGGUGGCUGACCUGGCGAGCCGCCAGGUGCAGGUGAUUUCCACUUUCUGUACCAAUCUUCGAGCUGCUCAAAGGGUGGAGUACUGGGAAAAAGCUCACAACGUAACGGUUUUGGAUACAGUGAGCACGGUUAUCUGGAACAUGUUAUUAAUGUGUGAGGUUGAUCCAUCCGCAGUGCAGGGGUGGGGCCGGUUGUUUGAAUUGAGAGGAUGA